AUGAGUGAACUGUGGCAGCUCGCCGCAAGAUGGCUCAACACCGUGGGCGUCCUGCCUGCGGACGAUCCCAGUUUGCAGCCGGAUGGCCGCGUGUACGAGCUGGCAAUGGCGCUCCAGGACGGCACGGUGUUGUGCAAGUGCGCGAACAGACUGAUGCCUGGCUGCAUCACCAGCUUUGCAGAGCGGCCGGAGAAGCAGUUUAUGAAGAUGCAGAACAUCAACCGCUUUCUCGAGGCAUGCCAGGACAAGUUUCGCAUGAAGAAGACCGACCUGUUCACUGCAGACGAGCUCUACUACGCUUCAAACUUUGCAAAGGUUGUUGAGACGCUGAGCCUGCUGUCCAAGACGCCGCCUGCGGGCAUGGCGGGCUUCCGCCACUUCCCGGACGACACGGGCCACGCGGCAAACACGGCGCAGGAGGACGGCCAGGACAUGUACCAGAGCCUGGAGGAGCUUGUUGGGCAGUCGCUGAGCCUCAAGGACGCGGCGAAGAGCGGUGGCAGCGUGUACAGCGGCGACGACGACGCCGAGGAGAUUUACGGCGCCCUCAAGCAGGCCAUCGCGGUGAGCACCUGCUCUGCGCGCGCGCGUCCGGAGAGCGAGGAGAUCUACAAGGACCUCAUGUACUCGGACGAGGACAACAUCUACAGCGUCAGCGGCACCUCCCCAGAUGACAAACGAAGCAUGGUGAUGGCGGAAUUGCACGAGACGGAGCGCAACUACGUUGGCGUCCUCAACACCAUUGCAAACACGUUCAAGCCCGUCAUGUCAAAGCAGCCAAAGAUCAUUUCGCGCGUGGACAUCAACACCAUCUUCGGUAAUGUGCACGAGCUUCUUGAUGCGCACAAUGCGCUCCUCGCCGACCUCAACGCCCUCAUGCAGAAGUCCACCGGUCGCAUCGUCAGCUCCGUCUUCCUCGAGCACAUGCCGCGCCUGCGCUGCUAUGGCUCAUUCUGCUGCCAGAUCCCAGAGGCCGUCGCAAAGCUCGCAGACCUCGAGAACAAACAGGCCGCCACAAAGUUGAUAGCCGAGGCGAAGCGGCAGAGUCGGCAGCGGUUUGGGCUCAAGGAUCUUCUCAACGUGCCCAUGCAACGCAUCCUCAAGUACCCGCUCCUCAUCAAGGAGCUGAUCAAGCACACGCCGGACAGCCACCCGGACAAGGCGCGGCUGCAGGACGCACUGCGCCAGGUGGAGGAGCUCGCAAAGUACAUCAACGACACAAAACAGCAGUACGACAACCUCAAACAAGUCACAUCGAGUCUGCGGCACUACUCUGGGCGGCCGAUCCAGGAGUACGGGUCGCUGAUCAAGGACGGCGACCUCAUGUUCAAGUCAACUCUCGGCAAGGACAAGAUGAAGCUCCGCUACGUGUUCUUGUUUGCAAACGGCGUGCUUGUGUGCAAGACGCGCGGGUCCCAGUUCACCCACAAGGUGUCGAUUGACUUUGGUGACGACCAAGAGAUUGUGGAUGUGCCGCACUGGACGCUGCCAAAGGAGGAACAAAACUCCAAGCACUCGUACCUGUGGGCCAUCAAGUUCCGCAAGGGCAGCGCGGAGCACCAGUACAUCUUCGCCGCCAAGACCAUGCCCCUCAAGCGCCAGUGGGAGAGUGCCAUGCGCAAACAGCUCAACGCUUUGCGUGACGAGCGCAGCGCCCCGCCAGAGGCGCCAGCACGCCACUGGCUCGCCGGCACUGGGUCUGGGGGCAACUCCAUGUCCAGCAGCUUCUCGGAGCGCCCGCUGCCAUCCACGCCGGCAGACCGGCCCUCCCUGCUUGGCACUAUUCCUUGGCUCGCCAAGAAACACUUGUUCAGGUGUCAGUCAGCUGUUGGCGCGCGUGAGUGUAUUUGUUAUCCUGUUCAGGCUUGCUCGUGUUCGUCGAGGCAACGUCAGGAUUACCACGCCCCAAGCUUUCAAAGGAGCGGGAGAAGCGUAAACAACAACGACUCUAUUGUCAUGGUUCCAAGAGAGAACACCUUACAACAGGAGGUGGAUCAGCAGCAAGCCGAAGCCGACGAAAGGCCCUCGCAUCAACAACCGGUUGCCAUCAAUGCACCAUCCUCAGCAACAGGCACACGGAGGAAGGCGAUGGAGCACGUGUAUGAAGAUCACGAUUCCAGUGAUGACGACGAUGUGAAGCUGGAGGACGGCAUGAGCAAGGGCGGUAAUGAAGCUGGCGAUGACGGCAGUGCCGCAAAGGUUCAGCUUAAGCAAGAAGUGAUGACGCUGCUUGCGCUUGUGUGGCCAGUGGCCCUGUCAUCGCUGCUGCAGAUGAUGAGCGGGUUGGUGUUGGUCAUCUUUGUUGGCCACUAUAUGGAUACGAUUGCGCUGGAUGUUGUUGGGCUGGGCGUGUCCUUUGGCAAUGUGUUUGGCAUUUCCAUUGGCGCGGGCCUUUCCUCUGCAAGCGACACGCUGUCAUCGCAGGCAUGGGGCGCCUCCAACAAGAAGGCGCUCGGUGUCAUCUUGCAGCGUGGCAUGUGCAUCCUUGGGCUCUGUGCGUUGGUCACUGCCUGCCUCUGGGUCAACGCCGGCUCCAUCCUUCUCGCUCUGCACCAAGAUCCACAGGUGUCCAAGAUGAGCGGAGAGUUUAUCCUGUAUGCGCUGCCCGUGCUUCCCUUUGCGCUCUUCAACACGCUCCUGCAGCACUACCUCAUGGCGCAGAACGUUGGUCGACCAAUCUUCUUCUGCGGGUUGGCAGGGAACCUGGCCCAUCUGGCCUGCUGCGGCCUCUUCAUCGUCAAGAUGGACCUCGGUAUCAUCGGCGCGGCCCUCACCCAGGUGGUGAACGUGGUUGUGCAGUCGGCGUCGUUGGUGUCGUACAUCUACCUGAGCGGGCUCUACCGCGAUACGUGGCCCGGGUGGACGCGGGCAGCGCUGCUUGGCUGGGGGUCCUACCUGCGGCUCGCCAUCUUUGGCCUCCUCAUGACGUGCAUCGAGUGGUGGUCGUUUGAGAUUUGCCAGUUCCUGGCCGGCCUCAUGGGCGAGGUGCAGCUCGCAGCACAGCUCAUUGUCCUCAACUUGGGCGCUUUUGCUUUCAUGAUCCCACUCGGCAUCAGCAUCGCUGCGAACGUGCGCGUGGGCAAUCUGCUUGGAUCAAACCAGCCGGCCCGCGCCCGCCGCGCUGCCAUCAUUGCACUCGUCAUGGUUGCAUGCACAGCGACGUGCACGUCUGUGCUGAUGUUUUCGCUGCGGAAUGUGCUGCCGCGCGCGUUUACGGAGGACGAGGAGGUGGUGCACAUGACGUCUGGUGUACUCAUCAUCGUGAGCCUCUUCACCCUGUUUGACCACACCCAGGGCGUGUACAGCGGCAUCCUGCGCGGGUGCGGUAUGCAGAUGUUUGGCGCCAUCUUCAACGUGAUUGGCUACUAUGUUGUGGCCACCCCCGUGGUGAUUGUCACGGCGUUUGUGCUUGACUUGGAGGUGCGUGGGCUGUGGCUCGCCCUGGUCAGCGCCGUCGUCGUGCAGGUGAUUGCCUGCUCCGUGCAAGUCUUCUACCGAACGGACUGGAAUGAGCAAGCGCAACUUGCACGCAAGCGCGCGGGGGCAGCGGAGCACGCGUCCGCAGCAAACAACGAGGAGGAGGGUGGUGCUGGGAGCAAGGAUGUCCAUGGUGGUGAUGGUGGCAGUGAGGGCGAAGCAAUACCGAUGCAAUCACUCGGCUCCAGCGAUGAAGAUGAAGAUGACACCGAUGUUGACGAUGAUGGUGAUGAUGAUGUUGUGCUUCUUGAUGACGAUGAGGCGCAGAAGGAGCUUCUGCUGCCUGCAUCAUUACCGUCGUCAUCAGCACAAGCGCCAUCAUCAUCCCGCUCACGCCGCAGCAGCAAGAAGAACACGAAGAACACGAAGAACAAGAAGAAGAGCAAGGCGGGCAGGGCGAAGGCGUCAGCCUCAUCGGCCCCUGAUGGUGUUGCGGUGAAUGAGGCCAUGUUGACGCACGUGUCACGGCUGCCGACGGAGGUGAAGCGUUCGCGCCUGUUUUGGACGACGGCGAUCAUUGCGCUGUUUGCUGCGGCGUGUGUGCUUCGCGCGUCGCAGCCCACCCCAAUUGUGUGCUACCCGCUGCCGGAGGUGAGCAACGCGACGACGCUUUGUGGGCGGCACACGAGCCUGCUGAGCGGCCACGCGUGCCAGCCCGUGUGCGAGGACGGCUUUGUGCCCAUGGGCCAUUUCCGCUGCUCCCUCAAUGGAACAGUGACAGAGGUUCCCCAAUGCGUCACUGCUGAAGACCAGCAGCACAACGAGACUGUUGCUGCGCAUGCUGCUGCCGCUGUUACAUCAACAACACCAGCAUCAACUGCUUCCUCUUUAUAG